AUGGCAAGAGGGGUGAUGACUUCCUGCCCGCGUGCCCUGCAGUCGCACGCGCAGCUCCGCCCCCGCCCCCCUCCCCCCCCUCCCCCUCCUCCAUGGGGACGGGGGGGAGAGGCAGUGGGGGGGAGGGGAUCUGCAGCAGCAGUGGGGGGAGGGGAUUUGCAGCAUCAGCCCCCCCCCGCCCCCCCGCCCUUUUCUCCUCACUCUCUCCCUGUCGCACCCUGUGUUGGGAGGGGGGGGAGCUUGGAGGUUCAGGGGGAGGCAGGAGGGGAUCUGCAGCACCAGCCCCCCCCGCCCCCCUCCUUUCUCCUCUACCCCUGCUGCGGGUGCAGCAGUGGGGGGGAGGGGAUCUGCAGCAGCAGUGGGGGGAGGGGAUUUGCAGCAUCAGCCCCCCCCCCCCCCCCCCCUCCCCCCCCCGCCCUUUUCUCCUCACUCUCUCCCUGCCGCACCCUGUGUUGGGAGGGGGGGGAGCUUGGAGGUUCAGGGGGAGGCAGGAGGGGAUCUGCAGCACCAGCCCCCCCCGCCCCCCCCCUUUCUCCUCCACCCCUGCUGCGGGUGCAGCAGUGGGGGGGAGGGGAUCUGCAGCAGCAGUGGGGGGAGGGGAUUUGCAGCAUCAGCCCCCCUCCCCCCCCCCCCCCCCCCCUUUUCUCCUCUCUCUCUCCCUGCCGCACCCUGUGUUGGGAGGGGGGGGGAGCUUGGAGGUUCAGAGGGAGGCAGGAGGGGAUCUGCAGCACCAGCCCCCCCCCGCCCCCCCCCCCCCCUUUCUCCUCCACCCCUGCUGCGGGUGCAGCAGUGGGGGGAGGGGAUCUGCAGCAGCAGUGGGGGGAGGGGAUUUGCAGCAUCAGCCCCCCCCCGCCCCCCCGCCCUUUUCUCCUCACUCUCUCCCUGUCGCACCCUGUGUUGGGAGGGGGGGGAGCUUGGAGGUUCAGGGGGAGGCAGGAGGGGAUCUGCAGCACCAGCCCCCCCCGCCCCCCUCCUUUCUCCUCCACCCCUGCUGCGGGUGCAGCAGUGGGGGGGAGGGGAUCUGCAGCAGCAGUGGGGGGAGGGGAUUUGCAGCAUCAGCCCCCCCCCCCCCCCCCCCUCCCCCCCCCGCCCUUUUCUCCUCACUCUCUCCCUGCCGCACCCUGUGUUGGGAGGGGGGGGAGCUUGGAGGUUCAGGGGGAGGCAGGAGGGGAUCUGCAGCACCAGCCCCCCCCGCCCCCCCCCUUUCUCCUCCACCCCUGCUGCGGGUGCAGCAGUGGGGGGGAGGGGAUCUGCAGCAGCAGUGGGGGGAGGGGAUUUGCAGCAUCAGCCCCCCUCCCCCCCCCCCCCCCCCUUUUUCUCCUCUCUCUCUCCCUGCCGCACCCUGUGUUGGGAGGGGGGGGGAGCUUGGAGGUUCAGAGGGAGGCAGGAGGGGAUCUGCAGCACCAGCCCCCCCCCGCCCCCCCCCCCCCUUUCUCCUCCACCCCUGCUGCGGGUGCAGCAGUGGGGGGAGGGGAUCUGCAGCAGCAGUGGGGGGAGGGGAUUUGCAGCAUCAGCCCCCCCCCCCCCCCCCCCCCGCCCCCCCGCCCUUUUCUCCUCUCUCUCUCCCUGCCGCACCCUCGGUGGGGGGGAGGGGAUCUGCAGCCCUGUGCUGCCCUGCAGCCCUGCGCGCCCUGCUGUCCUGCUGCCCUGCGCGCCCUGCGCGCACUGCAGCCCUGCGCGCCCCGCGCACCCUGCUGCCCUGCAGCCCUGCACACCCUGCUGCCUUGCAGCCCUGUGCGCCCUGCUGUCCUGCUGCCCUGCGCGCCAUGCGCGCCCUGCAGCCCUGCGCGCCCUGCAGCCCUGCGCGCCCCGCGCGCCCUGCUGCCCUGUGCGCCCUGUGCGCCCUGCAGCCCUGUGCGCCCCGUGCGCCCUGCAGCCCUGCGCGCCCCGCGCGCCCUGCUGCCCUGCAGCCCUGUGCGCCCUGCUGCCCUGCAGCCCUGUGCGCCCUGCUGCUCUGUUUGCCCCGCGCGCCCUGCUGCCCUGCAGCCCUGUGCGCCCUGCUGCCCUGCUGCCCUGCUGCCCUGUGCGCCCCGCGUGCCCUGCAGCCCUGUGCGCCCCGUGCGCCCUGCAGCCCUGCGCGCCCCGCGCGCCCUGCUGCCCUGCAGCCCUGUGCGCCCUGCUGCCCUGCAGCCCUGUGCGCCCUGCUGCCCUGCUGCUGCCGCUACAGCCCUUGCUGUUGCCGCUACAGCCCUUGCUGCUGCCCUGCGCGCCCCGCGCGCCCUGCAGCCCUGCUGCGCCCCGUGCGCCCUGCAGCCCUGCGCGCCCUGCUGUCCUGCUGCCCUGCACGCCCUGCGCGCCCUGCGCGCACUGCAGCCCUGCGCGCCCCGCGCGCCCUGCUACCCUGCAGACCUGUUCGCCCUGCUGCCCUGCAGCCCUGCGCGCCCUGCUGCCCUGCAGCCCUGUGCGCCCUGCUGCCCUGUGCGCCCCGCGCGUCCUGCAGCCCUGUGCGCCCCGCGCGCCCUGCUGCCCUGCUGCCCUGUGCACCCUGCUGCCCUGUGCGCCCCCUACUAUUCUAACACGUCCUUGCCCAACACGAUGGAUGAAGUUGGACACUAA